GCUCUUGGGAGGUGCUUUAAAUCCGACUGCCAGAGCCGUGGGCUGCUGAGAGCAGAAGCUGCCUGCACGAUGCUGAGCUCAGGUCUUCCUCCCGUUCUCCUGGUGCUCUCAGUGCUGGAGCUGAGCUGGUGCCUGAGUGAUGAAGAAAAGAAGAUCAUCGUGGAUGAGCAUAAUAAAUAUCGCUCCCAGGUCUCUCCUCCUGCCCAGGCUAUGAUGAAGAUGACCUGGGACCCCGACCUGGAGGUUGAUGCUCAAAAGUAUGCAGAGAAGUGCAUCAGGGCCCAGAAUGGGGGCCCAGGCAGGUUAAACUUCUUUGCUACACCUUCAGCCCUGGAUGUAAAAUUGGCCAUUGAAGAAUGGAACAGGGAGAGGAUAUCCUUCAACCUGAAAACAUCCGAGUGUGUCCCCGUGCAUUCGUGUGACAACUACGUCCAGAUGAUCUGGGCAGCAACAACUCGUGUUGGCUGUGGGAGCCAUUAUUGUGAGAAGAUCAAGGGAAUGGAAGCAGAGAACCUGCACCUGCUUGUCUGCAACUAUUAUCCCCCGUAA